CUCAUCAGGUGCAGGUGUUCGACGCCCUGGCGACAUUAACUACAUGCUCACCCGGGAAGUACGCUGCGCUCCAAAAAACAACAUUUUAUGUGGAAAUAAGUUGUUCAGCAAAUCACAGUCGCUCACAAUGACUUGUGGUGUUUGAUUUGGAAGACCAUGGAUAUCCAAGCGACGUGUUCAACGUGUUGGGAGAGAUUUCUGGCUUUUUUUAAGAAAACGGACCAAAUUGAUAGUCGGCCGAACGAGCGGAAGACAGAAAUAACCCACGACGACUCCAUCCCGGCCCCUGUCGUACCACAAAACGUCAAACCGCCGGAGAGCAAUGCAAAUAAUCAUUUUGUCGCACUGUAUAGCUACUCUGCUCGCACCGAGCAAGACUUGAGCUUCAACGCAGGGGACAUCUUGGAGGUGAUGGAUACAACCGCUGAAGACUGGUGGCUGGCAAAAGCGCUAACUGGGAUUUCAGCAACAUCUCACGGAUACAUCCCCGCCAAUUAUGUGGUCCCAGUUCAGAGUAUUGACGCAGAACCAUGGUAUUUUCCGGAGACCAAAAGGGUUGAUGCAGAGAAGAUGCUAGUAUUUGGGAAGAACCGCAGUGGAGCCUUCCUUGUCAGAAAAUGUGAAACCCAGAAAGGAGACCUGUCCAUCUCACUGCUCAACCAAGGGAGGGUGAAGCAUUAUAUCAUAAGAAGAACUGCAGAGGGUCACUACUUUGUCUCGAGGACUAAAGUCUUUGAAACUCUAAAGAUGUUAGUGCAACACUACUCGAGACAAGCAGAUGGGCUCUGUGUACGUCUGGGAGAACCAUGCAAAAAGAUUGAAGCUCCGCAGACUAUUGGCCUGUCCUAUAACACUGUGGACCAAUGGGAGAUAGAUCGUAAGUCCAUCAAGCUGCUGCAUAAACUGGGGGCAGGUCAGUUUGGAGAAGUUUAUGAAGGCCUUUGGAAUGACACCACAUCAGUUGCAGUGAAGACACUCAAACCUGGUACCAUGGAUCCCCAGGACUUUCUCAGAGAGGCUCAAAUCAUGAAGAAACUAAGGCAUGCCAAGUUGAUCCAACUGUAUGCCGUCUGCACAUUGGAAGAGCCAAUCUACAUCAUUACAGAGCUGAUGAAGAACGGCAGCUUGCUUGAAUACCUACAAAAGAACAAGGAUGCUACACUACAGCUCUCCGAUCAAAUUGAGAUGGCUGCCCAAGUGGCGUCUGGCAUGGCUUUUCUGGAGUUGCAGAACUACAUUCACAGAGACCUUGCAGCCAGGAAUGUGCUAGUAGGGGAGAACAACAUCUGCAAGGUGGCAGAUUUUGGCCUUGCCAGGGUUUUUCAGAAUGACCCUGUGUAUGCUGCAAGAGAAGGUACCAAACUUCCGGUAAAAUGGACUGCUCCCGAGGCCAUCCGCAGCAACAUAUUCACAAUCAAAUCUGAUGUCUGGUCCUUUGGUAUUUUGCUUUAUGAGAUUAUGACAUUCGGCAAAAUGCCAUACCCAGACAUGUCAAACUACCAAGUUCUCCAAAGUGUUCCUCAGGGCUACAGAAUGCCACGUCCACCCAACUGCCCUAAAGAAAUGUAUGGCAUCAUGAUGGACUGCUGGAAGGACGACGAACAUGAACGCUCCACGUUUGAGACCUUGCAGUGGAAGCUGGAGGAGUUCUUUGAUCUGAACAUGACCAGCUAUACUGAUGCUGUGCCAAAUGACAGUACAGUACAGUGAGAGAAAUCAAGUCAGUAUCAAAAUGCCCUCUGUAUGUAUUUGAAAAACCCAAUUAAUUCUGAGCCAGUUAACUCUUUAGAUUAUAUUGAAUACAGGAAGCUUUUGCUACUUUCCACCUGAUGCAUUUGUCAACUGAAUGGACUUCAGGACUGCUUUCGGCACAGAUUGAGAUAUUUACCCACUUGAUGAACCGGUUUUUCUUGCAAUUCUCCCUUGUGCACAUUCUUUCCACUGCAGAUCUGCUGUCCUUUUAAAAAGAAACAUGAGGGAGUGAAUCAUAGUACAACACCUUACCUCAACAAAGUGAUUGCAUAAGUCGUGAGUAAUGUAAGCUUAACUCUAUUCAAGGCAUGCACUAUUUUAAAUGAAGCACUUUUUUACAUAAAGCAUGACCUGGCUGCUUCUAUGUAAUUGGUUAUCAAUCUAUCAGAAAUCAACCAUUAUGUUUCUAUAGUUCUGAGCUUAAUUGUUUUGCACCGCUUUUUAGUAGUGGGACUCACUGAUUUGCAGAUACUUGUAAGUUCACUUUGAAUAAUAUUGUAUCACUAACCAAAUGAACUUCAGUGGCCUGUUAAGAUGUGGUGACUUUGUAAGUUUUAAGUAAAAUCCUUUUGAGUAUAUAACAGUGUUUAGGUAACCCUACCAUAUUUUAUGUUGUACAAAUCAAACACACAAAUAAUUUAUGUUUUAAGGGUUUAGAUCUUUUGUGCUUUGGUUUUAGUCAGCCUCAUCAAGCAGCACAACUAGACCCUUGGUUGGAAAUGUAUUUGGUUUUUCCAUUUUGAUAAAAAAAAAAAAUGUAAUGCAUUAAGUUGCAUACCUUUUCAACUUUAAUAGUAUCCAACACUGCAACAAUUAUAACUAUCAUACUUUCCAAAUCAUUUUUUUUCAAAAUAUAAAUAAAUACUUGUUUGACUUAUGAUUUCAAAG